UUUAUCGCGUGCAAGAAGAGGUUCUGCUCGUUGUUUUGUUUAUCUUACCGGUGUUAACAAAAUGAGCGUUGUUCACGGACUCCUUCGGGCGGGCAAACUCGUACGGCCAACCUUUUCGCUUGCUAGAUGCAUGCUUCCGGGCUUGAAUCAUGUGCCAACGGUCCCGGUCAGCUUCACUUCCGGCCAACCAACCCUUUUGAGCUGGUCUCAUCAAUGGGCACAUCUCUCUCCACGAACGUUGAGUACAAAGGCAGCCGAGGAAGGAUAUCAUUCCAUCAUUCGCGACCAGGAGAAGGCAGUUGGAUCGAGCGAUAAACACGAAUUCCAGGCGGAAACGCGCAUGCUGCUAGACAUUGUAGCACGUUCGCUCUACUCCGACAAGGAAGUGUUCGUGCGAGAACUCGUAUCAAAUGCUAGCGAUGCACUGGAAAAGUUCCGUUUCCUCAUCCAAUCGUCCUCCGAUAGUAGCGGAACGGACGAGUUUGUCGAGGCAGAUCGGUCGCUCGAAAUUCACAUCGGCACAAAUAAACAGGACCGUCUGCUGACGAUUCAAGACACUGGCAUCGGCAUGACACGCGAAGAGCUUGUGGCCAAUCUAGGAACGAUUGCCCGAUCCGGCUCGAAGCAUUUCAUCGAGCAGCUGAAGGAGAGCGGCCGGGGCGCGCAGGAAAACGUGCAGAAUAUAAUUGGCCAGUUCGGGGUUGGGUUUUACUCCGCCUUCAUGGUAGCUGAUCGAGUCGAUGUAUACACGCGAUCGUCACGAGCCGGUGCACCCGGAUUAAAGUGGUCGUCGGAUGGCUCCGGUACAUUCGAAAUUCAGGAAGCCGAAAAUGUGGCCAUCGGGACAAAGAUCGUUAUCCAUCUGAAAGCCGAUUGUCGUGAGUUUUCGGACGAGGACCGCAUCCGCGAGGUGAUCCGCCGGUACAGCAAUUUCGUGGGCAGCCCCAUCUUCCUGAAUGGCAAACAAGCCAACCAGAUUCAACCGAUCUGGCUGAUGGAACCGAAACAAGUGACGCCAGAACAACACAAUGAGUUUUACCGGUUCGUGGGUAACACUUUCGACACCCCGCGGUUCACGCUGCACUACAAAACGGACGUGCCACUGAGCAUCCGGGCUUUGCUGUACUUCCCCGAGGGCAAACCGGGUCUGUUCGAGAUGUCACGGGACGCAGACAGCGGUGUGGCGCUCUAUACGCGUAAGGUGCUCAUUCAAUCGAAGACGGAGAAUCUGCUACCAAAAUGGUUGCGCUUCCUGAAGGGCGUCGUCGACUCCGAGGACAUUCCGCUCAAUCUGAGUCGCGAGCUGCUGCAGAACAGUGCGUUGAUCCGGAAACUACGCACUGCCUUGACAAACCGCACGCUUCGAUUCCUGCACGAUCGUUCGCAAAAAGAACCCGAGAGCUACGACAAAUUCUACAAAGACUAUGGCCUAUUCCUGAAGGAAGGCAUCGUAACGAGCCAGGAGCAGCAAGAAAAGGAGGAGAUUGCGAAACUCUUGCGUUUUGAGACGAGUAAAGAGCCCAACCGUACCGUCUCGUUGCCUGAGUACUGCCAGCGCCAGGCGGAAGGCCAGAAAGACAUUUACUAUCUAGCAGCACCUAACCGUACGCUCGCCGAAGCAUCACCGUAUUUUGAGUCGCUUAAAAAGCGAGGCAUUGAGGUGCUAUUCUGUUACGAAGCGUACGAUGAGCUCGUCCUUAUGCAGCUCGGCAUGUAUCUUGGCAAAAAUCUUGUCUCGGUUGAAAAAGAGAUGCGCCGUUCCGACACAUCAACCGAUGGUGCGGAUGCGGAUGGUUUGCUCGAGGGUUCACUGUUGAAGACACAAAUCGAUGAGUUGUUGCCGUGGCUAAAGCAGCGGCUCACCGGAAAGGUGUCCAACGUAAAAACCACCGGCAAGCUGGAUAGCCAUCCAUGUGUAGUGACAGUAGAGGAGAUGGCUGCCGCCCGUCAUUUCAUCAAGACGCAAAGUCACAACAUUAGCGAGGAAAAUCGAUACGCUCUGUUGCAGCCGCAGUUUGAAAUCAAUCCCAAACAUCCCAUCAUCAAAAAACUGCACAAGUUGACGGCAAGUGACCCGGAACUAGCAGAGCUUCUGGCUAAGCAGCUGUUUUCUAAUGCCAUGGUUGGGGCAGGUUUGGUGGACGAUCCUCGAAUGCUGCUGACCAGCAUGAACGAUUUGCUGCAGAAGGUGCUAGAUAAACACUAGACAGAUUUUCCCACUUAAACUAGAUAUUAUAAUUUGUUUUAAAAUAAAGCUAAAUAAGAUAUGUUGAAACAAAAUUCUAGCCAUAAAUUGUUGGCAA